AUGCCACUAAAAAGACUAAAAAGGGGUGCGCCGCGGCCUACACCACGGUUCGCAGAGGACCCUGAUAUACGCGCAUACGCAGCAGUGGCAAUCAAAGACCUCACGGCACUGAAGAAGCACGAAGAGGAGCAUCAGAUCGACAUGCCACAUAAGUUGGCAACCGCCGUGGUUGAGGCGUUCUUGCACCUGGCACGCCGGGUGAAGCAAUCCCCAACGAAUGAGCAGAUCGCACAACGCCUGGCCCGCGUCGAAUUGAGCGUUGAAAAGACGCAGAAAGAGGUGUCUCAAGCCUCUCAAGAGAUUAACACCACAAAGAGCAACACUAAUAGACUCGUGGAGGCGAUAUGCCAGCCAGCUCCUCCAGGCACCCGUGCCAACGGCUUCACGAAAAAUUCUCCCAGCUUUAGUCAUGUGAUGGCUAGCUUGGAGUUAUACAUGCAGGCUUAG